AUGGCCUUGCCUGCGCGGGUUAAAACCCGCAUUUGCAUGAUCUCCGAUACCCACACGAACGUGCCUCUCCCCGCCGACGACAAGGAGCACGCGUUCCGAGACCCGCUCCCAAAAGCCGACGUCCUUCUCCAUGCCGGCGAUCUUACCAAAGUUGGCUACAGUAUCGAGUACGAGGCCACGGUCUCGAUGCUCAAGGCUGCAGACGCUGAACUGAAGCUCGUUAUCGCCGGCAAUCACGAUAUCACUCUUGACGAAGAACACUUCACGACCUUCGGCUACAAACGGCAUCGCAAACCAAUUCGCCUCGGCGUCGCACCACCAGUGCUCGAAAAUGACGAACAAACACUUAUGCAAACAAUCCGCACUGGGGCUGUUCCUCCCACCGAGGACAUGAAGGCCUACGUCCGUCGCGUGAAGGACCUCUGGACCAACCAGUCAGCCCGAGAUGCCGGUAUUCGCUAUCUCGAAGAAGGCGUACACUCAUUCAUCUUAUCCAAUGGCGCAAAGCUUACCGUCUACGCCUCGCCAUACCAACCUGAGUUCUGUAGCUGGGCUUUUGGCUACCCUCGCAGCGAAGACCGCUAUAACCCUCCGGUCCCAGGCACCAACUCAGUCCCACCUGCCAACCCGGUCCCUGACCACCCAAACAUCGAUAUUAUGCUAACACACGGUCCACCGGCUGGGAUUCUCGAUCUAGUGGGCACGGGUCAAGUCAUUGACCGACAUGGAACUGCGACAGACACCCAUGUGGGCUGUACGCAUCUUCUCCGUGCGGCCGAGCGUGCCCGUCCCCGCAUCUACCUCUUCGGACAUAUCCACGAAGGUUGGGGCGCGGUGCGCGGUAUGUGGGAUACUCUCGCCGAUGGCGGUGUCAAGCAGGAGCCUAUUGCUACAAAUGAAAAGGAAAUGCUGGAGAACCGCGGAGUGUUUUAUGAUAUGACCUCAGAAAGUGGUGAGAAGCCGCUCGAAUUCGGGAAGGAAACGCUUUUUGUAAAUGCCAGUAUUUGUACUCUCUCCUACCGCCCGAAGAAUGCGCCGUGGGUUGUUGAUCUGGAUCUUCCUUUGGCUGGCACCGACGACCAGACUAGAGAGCUGGCACAAGAUAAGACUGAAUGA